AUGGAGCGUGGAGCUCGUCAAUCACACGUUCCACUCUGCCUAAUCGCCCCCCUAAACACUGCUGCUUUCCGCCUGUCCAACUUUGAAGACAUCACGACGUCGUUCCCCGCCACUGGGAAGUUCACGCCCGACCAGCGGCUGGUGUACGAGGCGGUGCUGGACGCACACCAGUCCGUCCUGGCAGCCCUCAAGCCGGGCGUGUCGUGGCCGGACAUGCACGUGCUGGCCUAUCACAAGAUACUCUCUGGCCUCAAGCAAGGGGGCCUGCUGCAGGGGGAUGUGGACGACAUGAUCGCGGCCGAGCUGGGGGGCGUCUUCAUGCCGCACGGCCUCGGCCACUUCCUGGGCAUCGACACUCACGACGUCGGCGGCUACGGCCCGGGGCUGCCAGAGCGGAUCCAGCGUCCAGGGUUCAAGUCGCUGCGCACCGCCCGCCUGAUGGAGCCCGGGAUGGUGAUCACCGUGGAGCCGGGCUGCUACUUCAUCCCCCUCCUCAUCCAGCCCGCGCUGCAGGACCCCUCUCGGUCGAAGUUCAUCAACGCGGAUGCGCUCCAGCGCUUCAUGCGCUUUGGGGGAGUCCGCCUGGAGGACAACGUGGUGAUCACCGCGGACGGCUGCGAGUCGCUGACGGACGUCCCCCGCAGCGUGGAAGACGUGGAGGCGGUCAUGGCCGGGGAGGGCUGGCCGCGGGGCGGCAAGUGA